AUGCCGCUGUUUGGUGCCUGUUUAAUCUUAUUGCAGCUGUUAUCUGAAUUUUGCAUGAACUCCACGAACACAAUAGCGAUCAGCACGACCAAGGGACAUACAAUCUCAUGUAGGUUUGUCGAUUCACCACGUGAAGCUCCCCUAUCCGGUCAUCGAUCGCCGGUGUCUUAUGUAAAUGAAAAUGCAUGCCAGCUCUGCAAACAGGAAAAACUCACUUUUGAACCCCCGCCGAUGCAUUGCUUCCCCUGUGGUGCUCGGAUAAAGCGAAAUGCACCAUACUACACUUGUGGCACUGGUGAUACCCGCCACCUUUUCUGCGUUUCAUGUUUCAGUCAGUCCCGUGGUUGCACCAUUGAGGUUGAAGGACAGAAUCUUUCCAAGGCCUGGUUUCAGAAAAAAAGAAAUGAUGAGGAAACUCAAGAAGGCCAUCAGAUAUGUGCUCUGUUUAAUGACAUAGACUAUGAUGCAAAACAAGCGUAUACUUGCCCGUAUUGCUAUUGUGACGAAGUGAGGCGUGGGCUGCGUGUGCCUUCACCGCAGAGUGCUGUUCUUGGGGCAAGUGAUCUGCCAAGAACUCUUCUUAGCGAUCAUAUUGAAGAGCGGCUUUUUAAACGGCUUAAGCUGGAGAGACAGGCUCGGGCAUCUCAGAAACGAUGUAGUUUUGACGAGGAUGACCUAACAGUUUAUCUAGCUGUAUACUACCACCUGGUUGCUGGAGCAGAGGGUCUUGUGGUCAGAGUUGUUUCAUCAGUGGAUAAGAAGGUUGAAGUUAAACCACGUUUUUUGGAAACUUAUCAAGAAGAUAAUUACCCGUCGGAGUUCCCUUACAAGUCCAAGGCUGUCCUUUUGUUCCAGAAAAUCGAAGGUGUAGACGUGUGCUUAUUUGGAAUGUAUGUUCAAGAAUUUGGUGCUGAAUGCGCUUUGCCGAACCAACGUCGUGUUUACUUGUCAUACCUGGAUUCUGUGAAAUACUUCAGACCUGGGAUUAUAGCAGCCACUGGAGAGGCCUUGCGUACAUUCGUUUACCAUGAAAUUCUGAUAGGAUAUCUUGAAUACUGCAAGCAGCGUGGAUUCACAAGCUGUUAUAUAUGGGCUCGCCCACCUUUGGAAGGUGAAGAUAACAUGUUUUAUUGCCGUCCUAAGAUUCAGAAGACAAAAUCGGACAAACUGCGGGAGUGGUGCUUAGCCAUGCUCCGAAAAGCUACGAAGGAGGAGAUUGUUGUUGAGCUUACAAAUCUGCAUGACCAGUUCUUCAUUACUACGGGAGAGUGCAAGGCCAAAGUUACCGCUUCUCGUUUGCCUUACUUCGUUGGAUAUUAUUGGCCAGGAGCUGCCGAAGAUAUGAUCAAUCAACUGUGUCAAGAAGAAGAUGACCGAAAGCUUCAGGAGAAGGGUGAGGCAAAGGAAAUUAUUAGAAAAAGAGCUCUUAGAGCUGCUGGCCACACUGAACUAAGUGGGAUUGCUUCCAAGGACGUUAUGCUGAUGCAGAAGCUUGGAGAAACCAUUUAUCCUUUGAAGGAAGAUUUCAUUAUGGUCCAUUUGCAGUAUUCUUGUAGCCACUGUCGUAGCCUUAUCUCGUCUGGAAAACGUUGGGCUUGCCAUCAGUGCAGAAGUUUUUACAUCUGUGACAAGUGCUACAGUGCAGAACAAGAGCUUGAAGAGAGGGAGAGGCACCCGAGCAAUAGUAGAGACACACAUGAGCUUCAUCCGGUUGACGUUGUGGGCGUUCCUGAAGAGACGAAGGAUGGAGACGGUAUCCUAGAAAGCAAGUUUUUCGACACCAGGCAGGCGUUUCUCAGUCUCUGUCAAGGGAACCAUUACCAGUAUGACACCCUUCGCCGAGCCAAGCAUUCGUCGAUGAUGGUGUUGUACCACCUACAUAAUCCCACUGCCAAGUUUAAUCGUUAUUUGUAGUUACUCCCGUCCUUAGGGGUAUAUAUAGGGGCAUAUGUAUGCCAACUGACUGUUAUACCGAAUUCAUUCAUCUUUGCUCCGCGG